AUGAAUCCCAAGAGGCUUAUUCUACAGCUUUUUGAACAACUAUACAGUUACAAUAUUUUUGUUGGUGAUGAAGCUGAAGAUGAUAAUAAUGAUGAUCAAGUAACAGAUCAAGCAAAAGUUAUCAGACAUCAACGAUAUGCCACUCGGCUGUAUCUUAGUCUCUUCAUCGGUAAGUACAGUCAAUUCAUUUGCUCUUGAAGAUAAAGCAUGUAUCUGCGAAUGAAUU